AUGGCAGGUAUACGACGCUGUGGCAGAAAUACCAGCAAUAGGGCGGAAGUCGACCUUCUGAGCGGUUAUGAUUGCAAAACCACACGGAUUAAGUUUUCAGCUCAUCUACCAUUGGCGCGGAUCUCGGCAGCUCGUGGCUUUGCGGGGAGGCAUCCCAGUUCAAUAGACCGGACAAGGAGCGGAAAAGCGCCAUCCUCAUUGGAGCCCAUGCCGCGAUCGAUCGAUGCUGCCUUUCUCACGCCACCAAAUAACCAGCUGAAGCCGAGUUCUGGGGACAAUUCAUACCGAGCUGGAGUGUUUGCUGGUCUGGGGAGUUUCCUGUAUGGUUACGACCUCAAUAUCCUGGUGAAGCCAGCUGUCUCUAGUCACUCCUUCAAUGACAUGUUCAACCCCAGCACUGCGGAAAUCGGUCUCGUGAUAUACCUCCUCGCAGCUGGUGUCUUUGUGGGAGCUGGCAUUGCGGCACGGCAUAAUAUCUAUGCCACAGUGACAUUGGACCAUUGCGUAGCACCGGCAGAAUACCGAGGCAACAGUCGACCUGGUGAUGGACCCUCUCUCUAUAUGUUUCUCAGCUCAUUUGCUAGAGGUGGGCCUUUAGCCUAA